UGACAACACAUUGUAAAUUUUAAAUCCAAUAUCACUACUACUGUUUCAAGCGAUGCCACAGAUCAGCUUCAGUCGGGUCUCGGAGUUUUCAUCGGAAGAUGUGGCCAACCAAUUGGUGGCCAACAAUCUGCUGAAUAAGACAAAAGACUACAGAUCGUGGAAGUGUCACAAUUGGCAACAAACGGCUUCAAUCGUAUUGGACGCGGACAACGAUGACGGCAGCGGUGGCGGCUAUCGAGUGGACAACAUCGAGAUUGGCAACGAUUGUUCAGCGUUUGUCGAAGUUUUUGUGGCCAACACCCUAACGGAUCCGAAAUGCAAGUUUCAGGUACUGUUGUCCACUUCGUCGUUUAUGACACCGUCGGAAAGUAAGGCACUGUCAUCACUGUCCGCCACCGCUACAGCCAAUGAUGGCAACAACAACAGUAGCCGAAUCCGUAACUUUCCCAAUGAUAAACUGUCGCCCAAUUCACGGAACGAAAAGUGGAACCGCUUUAAGAUUGUCUGCACUCAACCAUUCAAUAAGACAAUUGGCUACGGAUUGUCAUUCAUACGGUUCAAUACCAAAGAGAUUACCGAUGAUGAUGACGAAGAAAUGACUGCCCAAUCAUCUUCAACAUUAAACAUCGGACCGUUUAGACUAAGAUCGGCGGCAAAUGAUGACUCGGACGAGUCUGGCAGUACAAGAGGCGGAUCGUUAUUUAAAAACCGAAACAACAACAAUUCAUCACCAAAUUUACCGACUUAUGGAUCACUGUCGACAGCUGUUGGUCACGGUUUAGGUGGUCAACAACAAUCAUCAACAACAAAGGCAACACCGAACAAACCGAAAGCAACUACAACACCAUCACCAGUAACGACACCGAAACUGGCGACGACUACUAAGCCGUCAUCGAUGUCAUCACACAUGCCAUCGCAUAAGACAUUAUCCACUGCUGGCAAUACCGGUGUUGCCGGUAGUAGUAGUAGUAGUAGUACUGGUGGUCCAUCGCCACCGAAAAAACAGCGACGAAUCCGUACGGAUGUACCAUUCAAUCAGUUGAUGAAGAAAGUUGUAAUCGCAUUGAGUGGUUAUGUUAAUCCCAAACGAAGCGAACUAAGAGAUAAGGCCAUCAAAAUGGGAGCCAAAUAUAGUCCCGAUUGGAGUCCCAAUUGUACUCAUUUGAUCUGUGCUUUUAUCAACACUCCCAAGUAUAACGAUGUCAAACAACAAAGUGGUCGCAUUGUUACCGAAAAAUGGAUCGAAGAUUGCUAUAAUCAGAAACGACUAGUCUAUUGGCGAAAUUAUAUUUUGGGCAAAUAUAAUGGACCCGAAUCUGAUGAAUCGGAACCCGAAGCGGAGGACGAACCGCCGAUAACUAAUCAGAAACAAAGAAAACGUAUUCAAUAUAUUGACGACGAUGAAGAAGAUCAAGUACAAGAAGUUAUUGGAUUCAAUAAGAAUAAUAAUAAUACCACCAAUACUACCUCAACUACUAACAAGUGUGAUGAUGACCUCAACAACAAUGGUAAACCAUCGUCAGCACAACAAUCAGGUAUUGAUAUCGAUAUGAAUAAUGACGACGAUAUCUACGAUAUGGACACCGAUAACGAAUUGACGGCCACAUCUGGAACUUAGUAGUACCGUAGUUAUUACCGAUAUAUAUAUAUAUA